AUGCAGCAAGUGCGCGUGUUGAUCUUCGUGCACUCCAGCGACCUGAAGUUCUGUUUGGACAUCCGAUUGUGUGUCGUGAUGUGCUGGAAGAAGAUUGGGUGGAUGGCGUUGCUGCAGAGUUCCAAUACACACGCAAGUGAUUUGGAGACUAACUUGCAAUCUCUACAAACGUUUACAAAAGAAGACCUUCUCCUAGACAACAACAUCGACAGUAUGCUUGCUAGCAUUGCAGCUCACGUGUUGUGCGGGCACGUCCGCGAAUACCGCCCGCUCUUGGCCAGACUGUCCGACGAACGCACCCGUCGUCUCGCCGAAGUUUUUGACGGCUCAAGACUCGAAACGCCGGGUCAGGCAGAAGACGUACUGAACCCGGCCCCGUGGUUCCGAUUUGAAACGCAAGCAAAUGCAGUCUGUCGUCCGCUGUCGCUGCAAGAGCUCGGGGACUUCGACCAUAUUAGCAAAUGGUCAACGAAAGAAAUGGAUCGCAAUCACAAACUUGACGCUUUCGACACCAAGACCGAGCGAACACAAGAAGUUUCGAAUCUCACGAGCACGAUCAACAUUCUAAAGUGCGAUGCUGAAACUCACACAGAUGACAUUGAGUCUACCUCUGCGUUGCGCAAAGAAAUGAGUUCAAAGGACAAGCUGAUGAUCCGACGUAUGCGCAAGUACAAACUCUUCCCGACUGCAAAACAACGAAAAAAACUUCAGCAGUUCAUGGGCACGUGUCGCUGGACCUACAACCAAGCCGUCGCGCAUUUUCGAGAGACCAAUGUGUCGAAUGCACAAACAUUGAGGGAUCUCUACGUCACGAAAAAGUCCAAGAAGAAGCGCGAGUAUGUAUCCAGAAGGCAUGGAACCUCCGCCACAGUGGGCGUUUGA